AUGAAGACGCCUGUUGCGCCUUCUCGAAGUCUUCUGCGCUACCUCCGAUCUCAAUCGGGCUUGCUCUUCACAAACUCCCGUCACUUCACAGCAUGUGCUCAAAGACCGUGUCGACCUAUAUCUACAAUAUCCACCCGAAAGCGGCUUUCUUCGCUUGAGGACGUAUGGCGUACGACGCGAGAGCCAUCUCAAGCUUUUCCACUUCUGAGAUACAGCCACCCCAACCCUCCACAGUCUCGCGGCGCAAGCACAGAGAGUCAUAAGGAAAGUUUUUGGCGACGAUGGCUGCGUCAAAGAGCCGCUGCAUCCCGUUCAAAAGUACCACGAGAUGCUCCAACUACAUCCUCGCCCUAUGGCUACGAUGAGACUUCCGCGCAACUCUUCAAUCUCUCCCGCGCCCUUUCUCGUAAUACUAGCGGCGCAGAAUUAAAGCUCCGUUGUACCGAGUUCGACGCCAAUGGCUCUGUCACAAUGGUGUCGGGCGAAUUCAAGAAAUCAGAACUCAUCGCCAAAUACGGCUUGCUGCCUCGAGAUCUCCGAAAGAUCGACUCCUCGGUCCUUCCCCAUAUUCUCGUCCGUCCUUCCGCCAUCCUAAUAAAUCUCCUCCACCUCCGAGUCCUUAUUCAGUCUGAUAGAGUUUUGGUCUUCGAUGCCUUUGGAAGCACGGACUCUUACACUCAGUCCCUAUUCAUGUACGACUUGGAGGGGAAACUACGACAGAAAGCGGACCCUAGAAAUGGCUCCCUCAAUCUUCCAUACGAGCUGAGAGCUCUUGAAGCAGUUCUCAUUUCCGUCACUUCAGGCCUGGAAGCGGAAUUUGCAUUGGUUCGAGAACCGGUCACACAUAUUUUAAGAGAGCUGGAAGAAGAUAUCGACAGAGAUAAACUACGGCACUUGCUCAUACAUUCCAAAAAGCUCGGAACAUUUGAGCAAAAGGCCCGACUUGUUCGAGAUGCUAUUGAGGACCUGCUUGAGGCCGACGACGAUCUGUCCGCUAUGUACCUGACGGAAAGAAAGGCGACUGGCAAGCCCCGCGCUGAAAACGAUCACCAAGAAGUUGAAAUGCUCCUCGAAUCCUAUCACAAGAUCUGUGAUGAAAUUGUCGAAAUAUCUGGCAAUUUAAUCAGCAACAUUAGAAACACGGAAGAAGUGGUUCGGGCCAUUCUAGAUGCCAAUCGCAACCAGCUCAUGUUGCUCGAAAUCAAAUUUAGCAUUGGCACUCUCGGUCUCGCCGGCGGCACCCUUAUCGCCGGGCUCUACGGUAUGAACCUGAAGAACUUUAUCGAAGAGUCGGACUUGGCUUUUUGUGGAGUCAGUGUUGUGUGCUUCGGCCUGUCCUGGUUGAUCUGCAUCUACGGCAUGCGCAAAUUGCGCAAAGUGCAAAAAGUGCGUAUGUGGGGUGAAGGACUUGAUCACAGCAUGGGCUUCCGUGGCGGCAAGAUAGGGAGUCGAGGAAAUUGGCGCAACGAAGCAGUGGAGAGCCAGGCGCAUAAGAUUGGCAGACUAAAGGCAGGAGGGGUCAAUCUUGGUGGCAGUGCGCAGUCUGGCCGUGUCCUUUGGCCUGGCAUGGAUGGGUUGGGAAUGCAUAAACUCAACAAUGCCGAAAACGGCAACCAACAGCAACAAAGUGGUAUCCAUGACAGGAACGCCAAGGCGAAUGCAGACACGGCAUCGAUUGUAUCAGGCAUGACGAUUCACGAGGAUGUCGACGACGUUGAGGCCAAGAUGAAGGCCGACGCAAGGAAAGAGAAAGGUCUGAUGACCAAGGAGCAAAUGAAGGCACACAAGAGGAAGUAA